CAUUUAUUUAUGAUAAAAUUCGUUGCAUAAAUUCCUAUAAACUUAUUUAUUAGGUUAUAAUCAUUCUGUAGGGCACAGUAAUUUUAUCAAUGAUUCAGAAAAAGUUGUUCAUGAUACUUUCACUAAAAAUGUAUGAAACAUAUCUGAUAAUACUUUAAUAAUAAUUGAAAUAAGAUUUUCUGAAUAUUCUACAGUCAACCCGUUUGCAUCCGUAAAUGAAAUAUUCUGCGCAUGACGAUCGUCUCCUAUUACCGAGCGCGGAAUAGUCCGCGAGCCGCGACUUUCUUUUAUGACCACCCGCGGAAUAUUCCGCAUAUGACAAUAUAAACUGCCAAUAUACGGCCGCGUGCGGUAACACGGGCCAAUCGUCAGUUGAAACCGCUAAUGUCUGAACACAGAAACUUAAGUAGAGUUAUGAUGCAAAUGGGUUAAGUACCCUCAACGUUCCAUAGAUAAAUAUUAAAAAUUGGAAAUCUUCGUUCGUAAUAGAAAGUAGCUCGAAUUAUAAAAGGGAAUGUGAAGUGAUAAUAAUUUUUCAAUUCGAAUAACAACAUACGAUACAAUUAACUAAAAACCGGUAAUAUUUCUUGUCAAUCGCUGUCAUUCGCUUUCUCUUGCGCACAUUAUUGCAAAAUGGCAGCCGCUACAGACGAGCUUAUUCUAUUGGAACGAGUGUUUCUUCGACUGGGGUCAGCAGAGACUGACGAGCAGUUACAGACAUCAGUCUGUAAAUUUCUGCCUCCAGUUUUACUGAAAUUAUCCAGCUCGCCAGGAGUCAGAAAGAAAGUAAUGGAAUUAUUAAUUCAUAUAAAUAAAAGAAUAAAAAGUAGACCUCAGGUUCAACUACCAGUUGAGGCAUUGUUAUUACAAUAUCAAGAUCCAGCUGCUAGUUCAUUUGUAAUUAAUUUUACAAUUAUAUAUAUAAAACUAGGAUAUCCUAGGAUGGAGAUGGAACGACAAGCCAACCUGGUUCCAAGUGUGCUGAAUGCUAUAGAAGGAAAACCGUUGUCUCAUCAAGAUAGUUUAUUGCACAUAAUUAUGCCUGUGUUGGGUCAUAUCAAUAUCCCUACAGAUCCAGAUAAGCGGACAUCACUUCUUGGUUUACAAGAUAAACCUUACGUAGCAAAACAGUUGCUCAGCUUUAUGCUUGACGUACUAUUAUUACCAUAUGGGUCUGAUUGGUCACAAUUUCCUGUACCACCUGGAUUAAACGAAUACGCUUUCAAACGUGUAAUAGGAGAAAAGGCACCAACAGCGGAACAACUUGAACAAACGAAGCUUGGGAUUGUAAAAUUUCUGGCUGGAGGAUUUUUCCCAGACCCAGACAUUUUUAUACACUUAAUAGUAGCUGCUGCAGACACUAGAUUCAGUGUGGCUAAUAUGGCAGACUUGGAGUUGAAAAAAAUUGUGAAUACAUUGGAUUGGUCUUCAAAGCAGUUAGCGACUCCACUAUACACAUUAUUUUUGGGUAUUGAUCCUGUGGAAGAAUAUAAACCAGAAAUGAAGCGUCUGCCAGCGAGUACCCGAAUUCGAUUGAAAUUAUUGCAUUAUCUAUGUCGUAUAACUAUACCUCAUUCUAUUAUAAUGGCAUGCAUUGAGGUAGUGUUUCAUUCGCUUUUUGGAGAAAAUACGAAUCCAAAGUUGAAAUCUAUGGCGUUACAAUUCACGUUAAACAUUGUUCAGCAAUGUAGCCCUUCACCAUUAGUUCAUGUGGAUGGGCUUAUUUUAAAUGGAAUGAUGCAAUUCAUUUCUGAAGGAGAAGAUAGUCAAAAAAUUAUGGCAUAUACUAUUAUUGGACAGCUAGGACAAAGAGUUCCAUCUUUGAUCAACAAAAAAUCAAAUAUGUUACGUAAUUUAUUUGAUACACUUGUGUCGACGGAAGGUGAUCUACGAAGGGCUGUACGUGAUGCUCUGAUUUCCAUAACAUCUAGUUUUGUGCUUAAUAAAGAAGAUGAAACUAAUAUAGCCGCAAUGAAUGAUUUAUUAUCUACCUAUAUUGAAUCACCUGAAUCUAAUGUUAGAUUUGUGGCUAUGCAUUGCGCUGCUAGUAUUUUUCCACCAGAUGAUCCACCUUCUCGUUAUCUAUUGUUACUAGCAUCUGGUGAUAGCAAACAUGAAAUAAGUACAGAAGCUAUAAAGGUUCUUUAUGGAGUUGUCCACAAAACCGAGAUUGAUAAACAAGAGAACAGUCAAAUUGUGUUACCAGAUUUUCAAAAACUUAUUGUUUAUAUAUAUUCAAAAAUGCAAACUAGAAUGCCUACCUCCAAUAGUGGAAAAGUUAAUGUUGAAAGUAAAGUACUUCCGUUCAGUGUCCCUGUGUUCACGCAGAUAAUUACAUAUCUUCGCAUUUGUUUAGCAAGAAGCGCUAAUGUAACUAUCAGUAAUGAACCAUUACAACAUCCUUGCGAAAGUACACCAUUAAUUGCACAAUAUUUAAAAGAUCUAUACAAACAUCAGCCUGAAAUAUUGAACAACUAUCUCGAUAUGAUUUUAAUUCUUAGUCAUGCCUCAACAGAUCAAUGUUCUCUACAAGCUUUAUUGGAAGUAGUAGGUUCUGUUCCACAAUACGUAUCAAAAAUUUACAAGAAAGAAUUAUCGUGGCUUCAGACUUUAAUUACAUCUAUUAAACCAGAUAUAAGACAGUUAGCAGCUAAAGUUUAUGGUAUAAUAACUGUCCCAUUACCUGAGGAUGUUUUUGAGACUCAAAUUUCUGAAAUUAUGAGCCUUACAACUAAGAAGAAUUUAGAAGCACAGCAUGGAGCAUUAUUGACCUUAACGUGUAUGAUGGAAAGAAGAUUAGUUUCCAGCAAGAAUGGCACAAAUUCGCUUAAUUUAGAAACUUAUAUUAAUAUUGUGAAACUGAUAUAUACUUUUCUUCAUAACAAUACACUCUUGUUAAUGGAGGCUGCGAUUCAAAGCAUCGGCAUCUUAGGAAAAACAUGCAGUCUGCCAAUACCUGACAUGAAUGGAAGCGAACCAAAUAAAAAAGCAAUCGUAGAAGGACUAUUUUCUGUAUUGACUAAUGUAAAACUAAAUGCUAAGAUUAAAGAAAAGGCUGCUCUUUCACUAGGCUAUUUGUGUGUAGGGGAAAGUUUUCCACACACAUCAGAUAUAGUAACCCAAAUAAUUGCUAUGGUCAAAGAGACGAAAGAUAUUGAAGUUCAUUUAACUUUGGGGGAAGCUUUGGUAUGUUGUGUUCAGGGACAAGCACAUACAGAAGGACGAGAUGCUUGGGUAACAUUACCAAAGGAACAUAAAGUACCUUAUAACAAUGCUAGUAGAGAACUUCUGACACAAACAGUAGACGAAUUACUUCGAAUAUACAAAGAACCGCAUCCUAAUUUAAGACAGGCGGUCUGUGUAUGGUUGUUAGCUCUCUUGAAAUAUAAUGUUCAGGAGGAAUGUAUUAAGCAAAGGUUUCCAAUGAUGCAUCAUGCAUUCAUAGAUUUUCUUUCAGACGAUAGUGAUAUAGUGCAGGAUAUUGCAGCGAAGGGACUUAGUGUAAUACACAUAAAUAGUACAAAAGAAGAGAAAGAACGAUUAAUUUCAGAUAUCUUAAAUCAAUUUACUCAAGGUCGUAAAGGGGUAAAACAAGUUACGGCUGACACAAAGUUAUUCGAGGAAGGUCAAUUAGGAAAAUCACCUACAAACGGAAAUUUAUCAACGUACAGAGAAAUUUGUUCUCUGGCUACAGAAUUACAAAAGCCGGACUUGAUAUAUUAUUUUAUGCAUCUCGCGAAUCACAACGCAGUAUGGACGUCCAAGAAAGGUGCUGCAUUUGGAUUUGCAGCUAUUGCCAAAGUAGCAAAUGAAGAGUUGAAUAAGUAUUUACCCAGUAUAAUUCCACGUUUAUACAGAUAUCAAUUCGACCCGACGCCCAAAAUUCAUCAGAGUAUGUCUAAUAUCUGGCACACGAUUGUUCCCUCGACAAGCAAAGCCAUCGAACAAUAUCAUAAAGAAAUAUUGAAAGAUAUAACUGAUAAUUUAACUCAUCACGAAUGGAGAGUGCGUAUUAGUAGUUGCAAUGCGCUUGCAGAUCUGUUAAGAGCGAACGUUCGUUUCAAUCUUGCCGAAUGCGCGCCUGUAUUAUGGGAGAAACUGUUUCGAGUAAUGGACGACAUCCACGAAGGUACCAGACUAGCAGCUACGAACACGGCUAAAGUGCUCAGCAGAGUUUGUAUUCGUUAUUGCGACUCCACUCAUGGCAAAGAAGGAGAAGAAGUCAUACAAGCAAUAUUGCCUGUAUUAUUAGACAUUGGGGUUGUCAAUAUUGUGAGCACCGUAAGAUCAGUGUCUCUGCAAACAGUGUCCCAAUUAGUAACGAAGGCUGGCGAUUUGCUUAAACCGUCUCUGGUUAUUUUAAUUCCUGUUCUGUUGUCUACGAUCGGAGAAUCGGAAAGUCCAAAUUUGUCGUACCUAAGCAAUAUACACGGAGCAUCGUUAGAAACACGAGAAACGAUUGACAGUAUUAGAGCCAGUGCCGCUAAAGGGCAUUAUGCUACCGAUACAAUAACAAAAUGCGUACAGUACAUUGACACAGAGAUUCUGAGAGAAUUAAUACCUAAGCUAAUAGACUUAAUAAAGUCUACCGUGGGAUUCGGAACAAAGAUAACUUGUUCACAUUUCGUAAUUCUUUUGAGUACUCAUCAUAAACUUCUGUUGCAACCUUACGCUGGUAAACUUUUGUCUGCUUUAAUGAACGGUUUGUUAGAUCGCAAUUCGGUCGUUCGAAAAAAUAAUGCAAUUGCCAUUGGUCACGUAGUGGGAUCAGCCAAAGAAUCUAGUCUUGAUAAAUUGUUUAAAACGCUUAAUACAUGGUAUACGGAGAAAGAUGAUUCGAUUAAAAUAGCAAUUGGACAAACGUUGCAAGCUACGAAUAAUUAUAAUCAGGAGGUAUUGAAAAAAUAUUCGAAUAUCGUUAUACCACUCACCUUCUUCGCGAUGCAUAUGCAAAAGACACAAGAGAAUGAAAAUAUGGUUGAUUUAUGGACUGACCUAUGGAACGAGAUAACUCCCGGAACUGAAACCGGUAUUAAACAAAACUUGGAAACAAUAACAGAACUUCUACAUUCAUCCUUGGAGUCGUCGUCGUGGACUGCGAAAAUUCAGGCCGCCAAUGCAAUUCACACUUUAGCCCAAAAAUUAGGAACUGACAUUGACCCCGCUGCGCGGAACAUCUUGUUGAAAGUAUUGACAGAUGGUUUACGUGGAAGAACGUGGGAUGGGAAAGAAAGGGUUUUAAAUGCUCUUGCUACGUUGGCGUGUAAUAGCAAACAAGCUCUCAAAGAAAACCCUGAAAUUUGUGCGGACAUAGUGCAAGCACUGCACCGUGAGAGCAAAAAGGAAGCUUUGGAAUAUCGACGGUACGCCCUGCAAGCCUUUGGUACUGUUUUACACGAAUUAGACAUUGACAAGUUCCAGGAAGUAAGCGAUAUACUUGAAGAAUUUUGGAGAACGCUAUCGCAUAAAGAUGAAUCUCUAAUCUCUGAUGAAAGAGUAAAGAGGAAUGAGGACAUUCUGAAAUUACAUGAAACCGUUUAUGGGAUACUCGGUAAAGCAUGGCCAUCUUGCAAGGAAACUCAAGGUAAAUACAGCAGUUUGAAUUAG